GGAUAGGAUGGUGGAGGGGAUUUUGCAAUAAUAAUGAAUAAGACUACUAAAGACGUGAUACCUAGAGGAACUUGCAGCAAUCCGUAACCGGACAUUAUGUGUGUGUAUGUGUCAUGGAGUAGAUUCAAUUGUCCUCUAUCCAUCUAAAUGCUAUUGUUUGUUUGUUUCAUUGUCAUUAUCAUCAAUAGACUUGAUUGAUCGAGAGUGGCCAGCCCGGAUUCUCAUCCAGGACCACUCGUUUCCAAGACAUGUCGUACUGUCGCGCACGCGUCUUCCUUAUAACUGUCCAUCACCACCGCCCUCUGCGAGUGGUCAACGAACCCCUUCCUUCCCCCUUUCCAUGCUGGCCGUUUUUCCAGAUCAGAAGAAACGUGCAGUGGGAUUCUCGUAUGCAACGAAAUCGUGCAGUCACGACUCGGUCGUGACCGCGGGGCCGCGGAUUCGGCGUCGUGUGGUGGUGCGUCAGGAAACCAGCCUGACGCCCGGUGUUAUCGCAAAUAGAUGCAUGGUCGCAAAGAAUAGCAGGCAGGCACGUGUGCUUUUGCUUUCCCCCCACUCUCUUUCUUCUCUUCCGUGAUUCA